AGGAGAAGUUACAUCCAAGAAAUCUUAUCCCAGAGCUUUGUAGACUGUUUUAUGGUUUAGGCUGGGUAACAGGAACCGGUGGAGGAAUCAGCUUGAAACAUGGGAGUCCAAAAGGAAAGAAUACAGCCAGAAGAUAUGUUUGUUUGUGACAUGAACGAACAGGACAUCAAUGGUCCUCCACCACACAAAAAACUAAAGAAAAGCCAGUGCACGCCUCUUUUUAUGAAUGCCUACACUAUGAGAGGGGCAGGAGCAGUGAUCCAUACUCAUUCUAAGGCUGCUGUUAUGGCUACCCUUCUUUACCCAGGGAGUGAGUUUAGUAUUACCCAUCAGGAGAUGAUAAAAGGAAUCCAGAAGUGUACUUCAGGAGGCUAUUACCGAUAUGAUGAUACACUAGUGGUUCCCAUUAUUGAGAAUACACCAGAAGAGAAGGAUCUCAAGGAAAGAAUGGCACAUGCAGUGGAAAAAUACCCAGACUCUUGUGCUGUAUUGGUCAGACGUCACGGAGUUUAUGUGUGGGGAGAAACAUGGGAAAAAGCCAAAACAAUGUGUGAGUGUUAUGAUUACUUGUUUGAUAUCGCAGUGCAGAUGAAGCAGCAUGGGCUAGAUCCUUCAAAACAUCCAGCAGGAGAAAAUGGGAUCUUGUAAAUGACAACAACAUUUAUAUUCAGGUUUCUUACAUGAUGAUGGGAGUUCCAAAUUCCACCUCAGGCUGUUAAAACCAGAAGGGGGUGCUGCUAUACUCGGCUGAUUGACAGAUGUUAGCAGUCAGUUUUGACUGUUAAACACAUCCAAGAAGAAAAGGAGAGUUAAAACAAAACAAAAAAAAUGCUGAACAAUCAUUGCUAUUUAUGAAUCCUGUCAAAUGCUAUAGUAGGAGGAAUGAAAAUUCAGAUGCAGAAAAAAGAUUUUGAAAAAAGCUAUGGAGAACUAAUGUGACAUUUUGUUUGCGUGCUUUAAAAAUCCAUAUUUCAACAACUUGCAUUUGUUGAUCCUGCUCUAUUGCUACAUCAUUUAACUUCUUUUAGGUCUCCAUUUCUGAAAGUUAUAGUAGCUUUUAUUCUUGGGGAAAAAAAGUGAGAAUGACCCCUUAAUUAGAAGUUAGGUAUGAAGUUUAAAGCAUUGUUUG